AUGAGGCGCAGCACUGGAGAUCGGCAACUGCUCGGAUGAGGCGCGUAAUGGAGGCAGCUGUGGGGCUCUGAGAGGGAGCGGAGCGUCUGCGGUUGUCAACGCUGGCUGACCCGCGUUUAAGGCGAGCCCGGAGCAGCGCGGGACGGCGUCAGGCUGUCGCUGGCCUCCUCGUCUGGCGGCACUGGUGAAGCGAAACAAGUCAAACGCUAAGUGCGAGCCUCCCGCUCCCACCGCAGUGAGCUGAGGUGCUUGUUCUGGUCCGGUGGCUCUCGAAGCCCCCGUGUCGCUCCGUGGUAACUCGAGCACGCCGUCUGGCUCCCACAGGUGACCGUCCUUCCACGGCCAGCCUUUUAUUCCGCAUGCUGCGCUCGGCAGGCUCUGCGUUCCCACGUCUUCCACCCUUUUUGCCGCCGGCCCGGUUGGCAGCGAGCGGUGUUUGCGCACCCCGUGAACGUGUGAUGGUGGGGAGGGGGGGAUCAGACCUCGUCGCGCAGGAUAAGCCGCUAUCUCCCGCGGAAAGCAGCGGGAGCAUCCGAGCAGCACAGUACGGAGCUCAGCGGGAGGCUGGGGUCAGGGCACUGCUGCGAAUGAAAAUGCUUUGCUGGCUGCAGAGGCUAACUGGGUACGCGGUGGUAUUUUACUACGGGGUGGAGACCUGCGGAGAGUGUUUCUGCAGGCUGCUCAGUCUGCCCUCCUGUUUAGCUGAAACAUCCCCAAGUUCUAAGGGAAAAAAAGAAUAGAAGGGACUUGUGGAGAUCGUCUGGUCCUGCCUCCUGCUCAAAGCGAGGUUAACUUUGAAAUUAGAUAGGGUUGGUCUGGGUCUUGCCGAGUUUUGCGAUCUUCCAGGGAUGGAAGUUCCUUAAAAGUUGCCAGCAGAUCUCCACGGCCUCUCCGGACAGCUGCCUGCAGUCCCCAGCCGGCGCGGAGAUGCCGUUACUCCUCCACCGCCCUGCCCCAAAAGUGGUGGGGUGAUCUCCAGGAGCAGGCCGAGAGCAGGUUGGCCUGGCAGCGAGGUGGAGACAGACCUGAAGCAUCCCCACAGCCUCUCCUGGCUCCUGGCAGAAAUUCAGCGCUGCACCGGAUCCGCUGGCAUGAAUGGCAGGGACCGAGCACCCUGCGUACGGAGAGGGAAACUCGAGCGUUGUGCUGCUGUUGUGAAAAGUGCUGCUGCCGACCCGCGUUGGUGGGAUCAGGCCAGAGGAUGACGUCCUGAAGAAAUUGCAAGCGUCGACCAAAAAAUACAUCUCCCCAGUACAGAGGAGUCUGCCGGUAGGGUCUAGGUGAAAUCUGCUUUGGUUUUGUGGUUUAAUUCAGCUUACAGUUGCAAAGCUGAUGUGGGACACUGGGAGGCACCUUCAAAAAAAUCUGAAAUGUCAGCUCCGGAGUCACAUUUUUGACUUCCAAGCAGAGAAGCAAAUCUUGUGACGAAGGCAAUAAAGGACUUUUUGUGCCCUCUGCAGUCUUUGACCUUCGCCCGAAGCGGCAGCGGACCUAGGAUGCUGGAGGCGGCUCUGAGGAGGGUGCGGGGUGGGACGCGGGUGGCUCCGGGGCGUGCAGAGGAGGCGCUGAGGAGGUGCCGUGAGCACCAGCCGCAGUGGCCGGAGUGGUGGAGGAGGCUCUGGAGAGGAAUCGCAGCCUGGAUGCUGCAAGUCUUCAUCUCGACAAGCGCUAAGCUAGGUCCCUGCAAGAGAGUCUCGUUAUUUUUACCCGCUCAAGUGACACUCCACGUACGUGCUUUCUCCCAGAACGCUGGCUUCUGCAGGCACUGCAUUUAUGCUCUUGGAUCGAGUAUUUUGGGAUCUUUUACGAGCUACCUGAGCCUCAGGUCUGGGUCGUGGUGUAUUCAAGUCCGCGUGUGCGUGUGGAGUCUGUAGCAGAGCGUGUUAGUGUCACCUGCUCUGUGCCUUGGGGAUCUGACAUAGGAACUUGAAAUUUGGCAAGGAUCUAGCCUGAGCUCUGACAAACGCGUUCCGCUGCUUAAAGAAAGGAAAUUGGCAGAAUUAUGAGUCGCAGUUUAUCGCCACCUCUUUGUAUCCAAGCACAGCAAGCAAAACAAAACAGAGCUGUAACUAUGCAAAAAAGAAUCCAUCUCUAACUCUGCCACCAUUUUAUUGGCUAAGGUGAAACGUUUACGUCGGUGGUCGUGGCCAGGCCUGAUCCUUUAAAAUUCUUUAAAUCACGUCGGGUGCUACGAGCACUGGGUGCUCACCGCUUGAAUUAAACGCGCUGGAGGUCCAAAAAUGAAGACCUGCCUGUGUAAAGUCAAGCUGCCCAGUUGAGCAGGUAAUGGACAACGGAAGGAAGUGGCUCUGUAAAACCAAGUCCUUCGCCCUCCUCAGCUAGAAGCAGCAGCGGCAGCACCCGUCAGAGCAGAACAGGCUGCGCUGAGCUCUGUGCGGAGUAGUUCUUGAUGUGGAUACAGCAACGCAGAGUGAAUGUCAGUCCUUUGUGUAGCCUGCUCCUAAGCAUCACCAAUUCUGUAUCGUUGUGGACUAAUUGGGAGCCGUAAGGAGAAGCCAAAACUAAGCUUUCUGGGCUGAGGAAGAUUGCAGACACCUACUAAUCCAGAUUGCCAGCGUUGGCUUGUCGAAGAAGGGUGCCUUUCAACGCCAGCUCUAUGAAAUAAUUAUGAUCCUGGAAUGAUGAUUACCUGAGAUUUAUGGAGCACUGUCGGUGUCCUUAAUGCUGUGUAACCCUGCUUGAAUGUUCCUCUUGCACAUGAGCAUGCCACCGCUUCGGGCAGUAGAUCAUGUUCCCCUGUCUACAGACUCGUGUAUCUAUGGGAUUUCUUGCACGAGAAAUCAGCGUCUUGCUUUUAUUUCAAGAAGAAAACUAUUACAGAGAGUAUAACCCGCUGCAGAAGUUUGUGCAUCAUUUCCAACAGCCUAGUUGUGGUCUCAGUGGGAUAAAACUCACUCCAGUCUGUGCUAUUUAAGAACAUAUUUAUUCUCUGAAUUUAUGUAGCCCUCAAAUUGGAUUGGUACUUCUUUAGUUUUUCUUAGAAGUGAACAAGGAAUUCUGAAUAGAAAAUACAUAAUUUUGUUUGGCUUCUGUUUGCUAUAUCACUUUUUAAUGCUUUUUUUUCCUCUGGCAGAGUUCACGCAAUCAAUCAUGUCCCCGUUAAUGCAUAGAGCCAUGAAAACAGAUUUUAGUUAAUUGCCAUUUGUUAACAAUCAACUUUUAUUGGUCUGGGAUUGGCCUUCACUGGAAGAAUGACAUUUGGGGAGCUAGGAAGAAGGGAUAGUCAUCUUUUGUCUGUCAGAGCGCCUUAAAAAGGCAUUUUUUGCCUAAUUUCAGACUGGGGAGAAAGGCCCUGUGCAUGCUUGUACCUACAUGUGUAAUGAAACAGAAAAAUAGGCUAAACGUGCCUUUUUUAAGGUCCUUCACAAUGUCUGGCGUAAAAGACAGGAUGGAGUCAGCAGCACAGAUGUCGUGCUGGGGGUGGUGGAUGUGGACUUUUAAGACAGUGUCUCAACAUUUCAUCCUCAACUGUCUUUUUUUAAUCUGAUUGCACUACAAAAGAAAAGCUGCUAAUGGGAUAAAUGUUGAGACGUUACAAGAACUGACUUGAAGUACCAAAAGCCAUUAUUACCAAUCAAGAAGAGCUCGAAGCUAAGUCUGUAGCUGACCGGUCAGUAUCACAUCCACAGAACAGGCAUGGCAAGUAAACGGAAAUCAACAACACCGUGCAUGGUCUUAGCCAACGAGCAGGAUCCGGAUCUAGGAACGGUGUCAGACGUGGAGGAAGGACCACCCGCAGCUGCGCCAGCGGAGAAUAACCCUACAGCAGAGAGCAUCACAAGCGAGGAGGACGUUCACGAGUGUGUGGAUUCAGACAAUCAGAAAAACACAAAUAAAGUAGAAGGUGGCUAUGAGUGUAAAUACUGUACUUUUCAGACUCCAGAUCUCAAUAUGUUUACUUUCCACGUGGAUUCGGAACAUCCCAACGUCGUACUAAAUUCAUCCUAUGUUUGUGUGGAAUGCAAUUUUCUCACCAAAAGAUACGACGCUCUCUCAGAACACAACUUGAAGUACCACCCCGGCGAGGAGAAUUUUAAAUUGACCAUGGUGAAACGUAAUAAUCAGACAAUCUUUGAACAGACUGUAAACGAUCUCACUUUUGAUGGGAGUUUUGUUAGAGAAGAAAAUGCUGAGCAGGCUGACCCUGCCGAGGCCCCCUCGUCAGGGAUCUCCAUUAGCAAAACUCCUAUUAUGAAAAUGAUGAAAAACAAAACCGAAACUAAACGCAUUGCCGUUUUCCACAACGUAGUCGAUGACAUUCCUGGCGAAGAAAAGGGAACGGAAAAAGAGCCAAACUCGGAAGAAGUAGUAGAAAACCCACCACCGUCGGUUUCUGAGUCAAAAGCGAGCCACUCGGCUGUUUGCAGCGCAGCAGACGUACCGAGCACGGUGGUGACUCCAGCACCGGUGCUUCAGCCUGGGGUGGCACAGGUUAUAACAGCUGUUACAGCUCCACAGAACUCAAACCUGAUCCCCAAAGUCCUGAUACCUGUAAAUAGCAUUCCAACCUAUAACACUGCUCUGGACAACAAUCCUCUUUUGCUCAACACUUACAACAAAUUCCCGUACCCAACCAUGUCAGAAAUCACUGUUCUUUCCACCCAAGCGAAGUACACAGAGGAACAGAUUAAAAUCUGGUUUUCUGCCCAACGUCUGAAGCACGGUGUGAGCUGGACGCCGGAGGAAGUGGAGGAAGCGAGGAGGAAGCAAUUUAAUGGCACGGUGCACACCGUGCCGCAGACGAUUACCGUCAUCCCAGCACACAUUUCUGCCGCUAGCAAUGGGUUACCUUCGAUUUUACAGACGUGCCAAAUAGUCGGUCAGCCAGGACUUGUUCUCACUCAAGUCGCAGGUGCAAAUACGUUACCAGUGACAGCCCCGAUAGCCUUGACUGUAGCGGGAGUCCCAAACCAAACCCAGCUGCAGAAGAGUCAGAUUCACACUGCUCAGCCCAUGGCAGAAACCAAACAAGUAGCUGCUGUUCCUGCCCCUCAGCCUAUCAAAAACGAAACCACGCUAAUGAAUCCCGAUUCCUUUGGCAUGCGAGCAAAAAAAACAAAGGAACAGCUGGCAGAAUUAAAAGUCAGCUACCUGAAGAAUCAGUUUCCUCAAGAUUCGGAAAUUAGCAGGCUUAUGAAAAUAACGGGCCUGACUAAAGGAGAGAUCAAGAAGUGGUUCAGUGACACGCGCUACAAUCAGAGGAACUCGAAGAAUAAUCACGGGAUUCAUCUCAACAGUGAUUCGUGUGCCACCAUUGUUAUUGAUUCAAGUGAUGAAAUGAACGAGUCCCCAACAGGAGCCGCUCCGCAGAGCAAGUCAUCGUGGGGUGCAUUUCCUGAUUUCACCCCGCAGAAGUUCAAAGAGAAGACGGCUGAACAGUUGCAAGUCCUCCAGGCAAGUUUUCUUAAUAGCCCUGUCCUUACAGAUGAAGAGAUGAACAGGUUAAGAGCCCAAACCAAACUUACCAGGAGAGAGAUUGAUGCCUGGUUUACAGAAAGAAGGAAGUCGAAUGUCUUAAAGGAAGAGGGAACCGAUGUGAAUGAGAGCAAUGCCAGCAGCUCAAAAGAGGAGGCUGGAGAAACAUCCGUGGGAGAUGGAGCAGCAGGACCAAAAUCAGGGGGCUCCGCUUCCAGCAAAAUAGGCAAAAAAUCCCCAGAGCAGCUGCACAUGCUUAAAAGUUCCUUUGUUCGUACUCAGUGGCCAUCCCCGCAAGAAUACAACAAGCUGGCAGAAGAAACGGGGCUCCCAAGAUCAGAAAUUGUGAGCUGGUUCGGAGAUACUCGCUACGCCUGGAAAAACGGCGGACUGAAGUGGUAUUACUAUUACCAGAGCGCCAACGCGAACAGCUUGAACGGGCAAGGCUUUGCGAGGAAGAGAGGGAGAGGAAGACCAAAAGGGAGGGGGAGAGGGAGGCCUCGAGGGAGGCCUCGGGGAAGCAAGAGGUUAAAUUGCUGGGACAGAGGCGUGUCUGUCAUAAAAUUCAAAACUGGAACAGCAAUCCUGAAGGACUACUACAUGAAGCACAAAUUCCUUAAUGAGCAAGACCUCGAUGAACUUGUAGCCAAAUCUCACAUGGGGUAUGAGCAGGUCAGAGAGUGGUUUGCAGAAAGGCAAAGAAGAUUAGAACUUGGAAUAGAGCUCUUUGAGGAGAACGAGGAAGAAGAUGAAAUGCUGGAAGAUCAGGAAGACGAGGAAGAAACAGAUGAUAGCGAUACUUGGGAACCUCCCCGACAUGUUAAGCGUAAACUCUCCAAAUCAGAUUGACGCACAGUUUGGGAUCCGGGAGCCAAAAACCUGUGAAUUAGGUUUGAUCUUACGGUGAAGAGCCACACAAUUUUUCCUGGCCUUCAGUUUUAGCAAGCACCUGCAAAGCAUCUUACUUGCACCCGAGAGAACAUGGGCAAGAUGCUACCCGUGCAGGCGACGAGCAUUUGCUUCCUUGCUACCAGAGAUGGACAUCCUCAGGCCUAGCCUAGGACAUGGGGUUAUAAAUCAGCUCUGGUUCAGCUCCUCCUCUUCCGCAUUACCGAUGGGAAGGUUCAUCAUUCACAUGACUGCUUCUCAGUAUUUGAUUGCCUUAUGUUGUUUAAUUCCAAAAAAACACAAACCACCACAGAUGCAUUUUUUUGUUGUUGUAGGAGAACAUUGCCUGCUCACGAAGGAGGAAAAUACAAAAACCUGGGAUGUGUUUUUGCAAACAUCACUUCACCUGAAAGGUUUCAAGGCCUGGGUUUAUUUCUUAAGGAAAGAAUUCAAAACAAAAGAGAAGGGGAAAAGUGUGACAAAGGAAUCAAUGAACCUAGGGGUGAGGAUUGCUUGGUUUAAGAAAACGAGGUGAUAUUGCACCUUUUGCAUAUCUUCAAAGUGUUUUGGGUUUACAGAGCUUGUGCUGAAAUGUUUCUUGCUGAUAAUUGUGAGCUAACUGAAUGAGUUUAAUGCUAGAAGAUGCUUUUCGUUAAAUUUAAUCAGUGUAUCCUACAUCAAUUUAAUUUAAAUGCCUGACAGACUUGAUGCAGUUGAUAGCAACAUUCAUUUUUAGCUUAUGCAUUCUUUACUUUGUUGGAAAAUGGUAAGAAAAGUAUUUAUGUUUCUAGCUAAAAAGACUAAUUUCUUGAAAUCUUACACUGUAUUUUAAGGUGAACAUGAGGCAGAAACUGCCUGUUUUCAUUGUUUCAGCAUUGCUUACGGUUUUGUAAGAAUACACAGAUACAGAGGCGAAAAGCGUCUUCAGGUGCUAGUAAGAAAGGUUUUCAAGUAAGUUGUGGCAAUGACCUGCUUUAUAAUUCUCAAACAAAAUGAAGUUAUAUGGCUUUUAGAUGGUUAGGAAUGAUAAACACACCGGUGUUUAAUUGUUCUUUAGCGAUAGCCCGGUUGAAUGUUUCACGUGCAAGUUUAACCUAAAAUUCAGCCUAAUGGAUUGAGCUUGCCACUGCGCUGAUUGCUCUUAGGGCUGCUGGGUGAACACACGUAUUUAUAGGGAUGGUUCGAUCUACCUGAACCCCAGAAGUAGUCGAAUCGGAUAGGGAGCAUCUGCAUCUUGGAUGAGUGUCUAUAUUAAAAGAAAAGAAAGGAAAAGAAAGGAAAAAAUGCCAUUUGGUCUCGAGGCAGUGAAGUCAUAGUAGCGUUUGGAUAACCAACUUAAAAACGGUGGGCCAAAUUCACAAAAGUUUAGGCAGAUACCUGGCAUUCUAGAGUAGUGGUACUCCAAGGAAGAGUAGUUUGUGUUCGUGCUGCUGUCGGUCUGCAUUUUUUAGGGGUAAGUUACUCUAUAUUUAGAUGUCUAAAGAUGGUAAUGAACUGGUGCUGCUGUAACCAGCAUUGUCUGCUUUUACAUGGGCACUAACAGAAAGUACGCUAGCGAUCUCCUUUCCAAAUCUGUCGACAUCUUCUCUGUAGGCAUUUGCAUCUGUUGACCUGUGAGGGAAAGAUUAGCAUAGAGAAAAUGUGUCCUAAUGUUUCCACAUCUCCAAGAACCUAAUCUAGAGUUAUUCUUUCUUCCUUACUGUGAUAACUGUCAGAAGAUCAAGGAAGUCUUUUCAGCGAUGAUUUUCUGAAGCAGAGGAGUUCAUAUUACAUCUGAUUUUCUAGCCAGAUUGUGGGUGAAACCCAGGUCGGAACAAGAGAGGGAAUAAUGUCUGACAAAUGUCUGUGAGGUGGUGUCAGAGAGAUCAGGAUCUGGCCUUCCCAGCAGGGGCUGCUGCAGGUGGCUGGGAGGUAUGGUUUGGCAGGUGAUGGUGUGGGUGAGGCUGUUGGAGGUAGCAGCAAAUCAAAGAAAGAUUUGCAUUAGCUUCAAGCUCCACUGGGACUACAGGGUCAAAAAUCAAUGCUUGAUGGGUGGGAAAGGACAAAACUAGUAGGGAAAGAGGUGCUAUUUUUAAGUUUCUGAAAGUAUUAAAGCAAAUCCUUAAACUCCUUGGGAAUAUGCCUCCAGCAAGCGAAUUCUGGAGUUGCCUUAAACCUUAAGGGUGAGCCAGAAUUAAUUAAAGAAAAAAACAAAAAACA